AUGUCGCCCCCUGCUACCACCAAGAAUCUUGACAGUACUGCUCCCACUCCAAUCGAGUGGGUUCGGAAUCAGGGCUCAACAAGCAAUGGCGAGCCUCUACCCAAACCCGCGAACUGGAUUCCCGUGCAUGAAGAACCUUUGUUCACGCCACGAAAGCUUCGUGUAAUCACCAUCGGAGCUGGUUUCUCAGGCUUGAUGGUAGCUCAAAAGUUUCGAUAUGAGCUGAAGAUGGAGGACUACGUCGACCACGUCAUUUACGAGAAGAAUCCCGAGGUUGGGGGCACGUGGUAUGAAAAUCAAUACCCCGGCGUGGCCUGUGACGUGCCUGCACACAUAUAUACAUUCACAUGGGGCCCAAAUCCAAAGUGGACUCGGUUCUAUGCAAACGGACCAGAGAUCCGAAAACACAUCCAAGACGUCACUCGAGAGUACAACUUGGAUAGGGACGUCAAGUUCAAUGCCAGAGUCGUACAUGCAGAGUGGGUCGAGGAUGAAGGGAAGUGGACCGUCAAAGUUGAGAUCGAUGGCAAGCUCAUCGAGGAUAAGGCUGAUGUGGUCAUUAACGCCAGCGGUGUGCUCAAAAGCAGCAACUGGAAGUGGCCAAACGUUAAGGGCCUUGAUAAGUUCAAAGGCCAUCGGGUGCACUCGGCCGCAUGGGAUCACGAUUACGACUUCACCGACAAGAGGGUUGCGCUAAUUGGGAACGGUUCCUCGGCCACCCAGAUCCUUCCAAGCAUCCAGCCCAUCGUCAAGCAGCUGACCACCUUUAUCCGCUCUCCUACCUGGAUCAGUCCCAAUUUCGCUGCUCAGUUUGCUAGUGCAGAUGGCAAAAACUUCACCUAUUCCGAGGAACAGCUCAAGGAAUUCGAAGACCCGGAAAAGCUGCUUGCAUACCGUAAGAAGAUCGAGCACGACUUCAACAAGCUCUACAAGGGCCUGCUGUACGGGACGCCUGAACAGGAAUAUUUCAAGGGGGCCUCCCUGAAGCUUAUGAAUGAAAGACUUCAAGGAAAGAAGGAGUUCACCGAGAAGUUGAUUCCAACCUGGGCUUUCGGAUGCCGUCGACUGAGCCCUGGUGACGGUUACCUUGAAGCGCUGUUGGAGCCCAAUGUCAAAACGAUUUUCAAUUCCGUAUCGGAGUUUACAGAGGAUGCUGUCAUUGAUGCGGACGGUAACAGGCAUGAAGUCGACGCAAUUAUCUGUGCCACUGGCUUUGAUGUCUCCUUUGCCAAGCAGUGGCCCGUCAUUGGCCGUGGUGGGAAGUCGCUGAAGGAGGAGUGGAAAGAGAACCCGGAAUCUUACAUGAGUGUCACUGCAAGACACUUCCCCAAUUUCUUCUUCAUUCUAGGGCCAAACUCACCCGUGGGCAAUGGAAGUUUGAUCCCGCAGAUGGAGUGGGCUGGGCUCUAUGCAGCCAAAUGGGUUGAGAAGAUGGCCAAGGAGCACAUUCAUUCCAUCGACCCCAAACAAGAAGCCAUCGAAGACUUCAAUGUAUACACCCAGGAGUAUCUGAAGCGUACGGUGUAUACCUCCCACUGCCGUUCAUGGUACAAAAACAACAAGGUCCAUGGCCCAGUCACCACUAUGUGGGCGGGAAGCCCUCUUCACUUCAAGGAACUCUUGAGUGUGCAGCGUGCUGAAGACUAUGAUAUUAAAUAUCUCAGUCCAAAUCGCUACUUCUUCUUUGGAAACGGCAUUACUUGGAAAGAUGCUAAUGAAGAGGACCUCUCUUACUACUUGCGCAAAGACGGCUUUCACAGGGAGAAUUCCAAGGACGCGUAG